AUGGCUGUCCUUAACCUUGUUACUUUGGCUUUGGCCCUUUCUUCUCCGGCCAUGGCCCGACCUCGCCCACAGUUUGGCAACGGUGGCGAUGCCCAAACACCCGGUGCUGGCCUCGGCGGUUCUCUCCCUACUGCCCUUCCCAGCGGCGGCUCUGGCCUCAUUCCUUCCGGCCUUCCCAGUCUAGGAGGUGGUAGCGGAGGUGCUAUCCCAACCCCUGGCAGUGGCUUCAGCUUCCCCGGCAGCGGCAGUGGGAACGAUGCCCCUGCUACCACUCCAGGCACUGGCGGCGGCUUCUUUGGCGGUGGCGGCUUUCCCGGCCUUGGAAACUUCUUCGGAGGAGGUAACGGAGGCGCCAACACUGGUAACGGAGGUGGCUUCUUCGGUGGUGGAGCUAACACCAACACUCCCCCUGCUGCAGCUCCAAGCGGUGGUCUGCCUGGAGGAAAUGAUGGCAACACCGGCGGUGGUGCUUCUGUCCCCGCUCCCAUUCAAACUCCGGGCACCGGAGGUAGUGUACAAGGCGCAUCCUUCCGAGGUCGUGGUCGAUCUCGCAACCAAGACUCGCCUUCAAGCUCUGGAGGCAGUGGUAACUCUCAGGGUGGAAACGGUGGCGGCCUCAGUGGAAGCCAGCCUAGCGGUGCCAUCCCUACCUUCUCUGCCGGACCUGGUAACGGUUUCGGCGAGGGAGGCAAUGGAGGAAACGGCGGUGCCACUGAGGCUCCUGUCGCUCCCACUCUUGUCCCUACCCCAGGCAGUGGGCUCGAGGGCCCAGGCACUGCUCCCAGCGGUGUCAUCCCAACUUUCGUUGCUGGACCAGGAAACGGUUUCGGUGAUGGUAACAGCCCUGGCACCCCUAGCACUCCCAUUCAGACUCCUGGUACCGGAAACCAGCCUGGCGGUGGUCUAGGUGGAAGCCAGCCUAGUGGUACCAUUCCUACUUUCGUUGCUGGACCCGGCAAUGGUUUCGGUGAGAGCGGCAACUCUGGCAGCCCUGACACUCCCGUCCAGACACCCGGCAGUGGAAACUCAGCCGGAGGUGACCUUACUCAACCCGAUAGCGGAAGUGGAAACGGCAGUGGAAACGACAGCGGAAAUGGCGGUGAUCAGACUCAGCCCAGCGGUACCAUUCCCACCUUCGUCGCUGGACCUGGUAACGGUUUCGGCGGUGGUAAUGGUGCCGUCACUACCCCUACUCCCGGUGCUGGCCUCGGUGGCGGUAACAACAACACCCCUGAGACUCCUGUUCAGACUCCAGGAGCCGGUAGCGGUAGCGGCAGCGGAAACCAGUCCGGAGGUGCUAUCCCAACCUUCGUCGCUGGCCCUGGCCAAGGCUUUGGUGGUGGCGACGGUCAGAACGGAGGCUUCCAGAAGCGAGCUCGAUCCUCUCAGUAA